ACCAAAUAUCAAUCAUCUCAUUUGGAUCAUAAGUCAACUCUCACAUCUUCUCUCCUAUAAAUACCCUCCUCUUCAUCUCUCUACGUACUACACAACAAUCACAAAAACAUAUAGCUAUAUCCUCAAAGAUCUCAUUUCAUCUCUCUCUCUGUACGUGCCGAUAAUGGACCACGAGGAAAUUCCAUCAAUGCCCUCAACACCGGCGACAACCCCGGGGACUCCAGGAGCGCCGCUAUUUGGAGGUUUCGAAGGGAAGAGGAACGGGCAUAAUGGUAAAUACACGCCAAAGUCACUUCUAAAAAGCUGCAAAUGUUUCAGUGUGGACAAUGAAUGGGCUCUGGAAGAUGGAAGACUCCCUCCGGUCUCUUGCUCUCUCCCUCCUCCUAACGUUUCCCUUUACCGUAAGUUGGGAGCAGAGUUUGUAGGGACAUUGAUACUGAUCUUCGCGGGAACAGCGACGGCCAUUGUGAAUCAGAAGACAGGCGGAGCAGUGACGCUUAUAGGUUGCGCCGCCUCGGCUGGUCUGGCGGUUAUGAUCGUAAUAUUGUCGACCGGUCACAUCUCCGGCGCACAUCUCAAUCCGGCUGUCACCAUAGCCUUCGCUGCUCUUAAACACUUCCCUUGGAAGCACGUGCCGGUGUAUAUCGGAGCUCAGAUAAUGGCGUCGGUGUGUGCGGCGUUUGCACUGAAAGCAGUGUUUGAACCGACGAUGAGCGGUGGAGUGACGGUGCCCACGGUGGCUCUCAGCCAAGCUUUCGCUUUGGAGUUCAUCAUCACUUUCAACCUUAUGUUCGUUGUCACUGCCGUUGCCACCGACACUAGAGCUGUAGGGGAAUUGGCGGGAAUCGCGGUAGGAGCAACGGUCAUGCUUAACAUACUCAUAGCUGGACCUGCAACUUCUGCUUCGAUGAAUCCUGUAAGAACACUAGGUCCAGCCAUUGCAGCUAACGAUUACAGAGCCAUUUGGGUUUACCUAACUGCUCCAAUUCUUGGAGCUUUAAUCGGAGCAGGAACUUACACGAUCGUGAAGCUGCCAGAGGAAGACGAAGCACCCAAAGAAAAGAGGAGCUUCAGAAGAUGAUCCAUGGAUGCUAAAAAGACAAAACUUUAAAAUAAAAACAAAACAUUCGCUAUGUUACUCUGUUUCCAUGACAUAUAUGUGUCUACUGUAUAAUAUAACGAACGAUGAUAUAUCACUGUAAAAUUGCGAAUGGCCAUUUAUCAAAAUUGCAAUAGCGUUUUUUUCCAA